GCCCAUGACUAUCAAAUGAUGACAAAAACAUGUCGGCCUAGGCAGCCAUUUGGGUCUACACAGGAUGUCCGCUUGCCAUUUCCUCGGUUAGACCCACUGCUAAAAACAUGCUCUUCUAACCAUUAUGAAUACCAAAUGAUCAUUGUUACAGCCAGGAACAGGGACACAAUCUCUUCCUUCGCAUUUUGUGCUCCUAUUUGCUGCGUCAAAAGAAUACUUCUGAACGUGUACAAGAAGUGAACGUGCGAGGUGGGAUCGUCUGUCACGGCCUUGCUUUUCGAACAGUGCGGGCGAAAAACGGGCAUUGUUUUAUAUAACCGUUGGAGACUUCUUCGCUUUGGGUUUCUGGGGUCAGCAUUUCCAAGACCUUUACAGGAAAUCUGUUUGCCAUAACUGUAGAGGUCCGACUCGACAGUUGCGCUUGAAGGGAACUAGGGCUUUUCAAGGUUGGCUUCCAGCCUUUUGGGCGAAAUCAGAGUCUAGAUUGUUUUCCAAGAUGAGCAGCAAAGUUCCCGCUCCAUUCUCGAACAAGACGGUACUGCAACUGAUCGUCAUCUCUUAUGUAUUCAGCGUCGUGCGCAGUCAGACUACUGCGGCCCCAGGGUGUCCACCCCCAACGCCCGUCGCCAAACUCGUACAGUUCAUCAACGGCGUCGAUGUCAACAGUCAGAGCGCAGACUGGUACCCGGUCGGCACCCGCGCGACGGCACAGUGUCGCUCCCCUGGGGAAAUGCGCCUGAUGGGGAACAGAAACGGCCAGACCUGCCGCAGCGAUGGCAAAUGGAGUGGCCAACCUCCGUGUUGUGGGGAUGUCACUAGGAGGAUCAGCGUCACUGGGGGCGCUGUGCAGCGCGUCAUGCCAGAUGGUGGUUUGACCGUUUUCGUCUCAUCAAACACCGACUACGUGGAGGUCCGCUGCUCGAUUGACAGGGAAGAGCCCCUCCUGGAAGCGCCGCACAUAACGGUUGACAACGUCCGAGUCCAGAUGCAAAGCAUCAGAGGUGAUUCUGGCCGGGUAUCCUACAUGACUUUCAGCCCGGUUCAAGCGACAGACUCUGGAGAGUUUGGAUGCAGAAAAUCUGCCAAUCCCAGCUCCCCAAACAACCUGCGAAUCGAGUUCAAAGAGUUUAGUUUGUCAAAUCAGCUUCAGUUGAACUGCCCAGCUGACAUCGUCCAGGCUACUGAUCCGGGGAGGGAUAUUGCAACGGUGACAUGGCCGGAGCCUACAGCUCUUACAACUUCUGAGAUAGUGGAGUUGAAUAAUACUCAUUCGCCUGGCGACAUCUUUCCCAUUGGAGAAACAACGGUCGUCUACAGUUUUAAAAAUGCUGCUAACGAGGUUGCCGUUUGCAGAUUUACCAUCACUGUCAUUGAUGAAGAAAAACCGACUUUCCUGACGUGCCCGAACGACUUCGACGUAGGGACAGGUCCUGACUCUGCUAUGGCUGUGGUAGAGUGGGCUCCAAUCAUUGCCCUGGACAAUUCCCGUGUCAUCUCAGCACCGGAGGGCAACUAUCAGUCUGGUACCACCUUUCCUACAGGGGAAACGCUCGUCUCCUACAUGGCAAGAGACGAAGCCGGCAAUGUUGAAUUCUGCAACUUUACGGUCUCUGUUUCUGAUCACGAACCUCCAACCAUUUACAACUGUCCUCAGUCCGUUGUUGCGAGCAUCACGAAUAUGUCUGUGAACUCUGUGCCAGUCUACUGGACGGAACCCACUGUAACGGACAACACGGAAUACUACAGCCUUCAUUCCACGCGCGAGCCUGGGAACCAGUUCUUUUAUGGGACCACGGAUGUGGUGUACACUGCGCGAGAUAUGUCAAACAACGAGAACAUAUGUGUCUUCCAGGUCACAGUUCUCGACAAAGUUUCCCCUGUGUUCGCGGACUGUCCUGCCAGCCAGGCACACUACCUGGGCCAGAACGAGACCGAGGUGGCCGUGUACUGGCGGCGGCCGGCCGCGGGGGACAACAUCGAUAUCGUCGGCCCGACGGUGCCGUCGCACACGCCCGGUGAGCGGUUCGGGCUGGGAACGCACACCGUGACCUACACGGCCCGGGACCUGGCUGGUAACAAUGGGACAUGCGCCUUCAACGUGACGAUCAAGAUAGCCCAGUGUCAAGAUGAGGUCACUCCGUUUUCUGAGGGUGUCCUAACAUGGACAUCGGCCUUUCCUCAUGAGCUGAAACCCUCACUAGAGCGAUGCUCCGUCUACACGGAAAAAGCUGGCAAUUUUCGUGCGUUACGAGAGUGCAUGCCGGACGAAGAUCAGGGAGCAGUGUGGCUUGAGCCGAGGCUAAAUGACUGUGGUGAAGUCAGAGACUCCAUCGAUUUGGACGAUCUCCAAAAGGUCUCUGUUGGUGAAGGUAACGUAAUGGAAGUUUCUCAAGCCGUGGCCAAGACCGUCUCUAACAUGACGUCAGAACUUGCCGACAACCUGGAACCUGUCGCUAGCAUCUUGCAGAACAUUGUCAACGCCGGCUCGCCAUCAGUUGAGGUCACCGAGGCAGUAAUUGAAACCGUAGACAGUGUUGUCAUGUCAGUCAGUCGCCAAGGCACCUUGGACAGGUCUGGAGAAGACAAAGAGGCGCCCUCAAGCGCCAAGGCUUCGUCUAGUAUCGUCCAGUCCCUGGAGGCUCAAAUCUCAUUGGUCGCAGAUGAUGCCACCUCCCUGGAAGUCACGCAGCGAAGUCUGGCUGUCACCGUGGUCACCCUGAAGCCCUACCAGCAGGAUGAGGAGACGCAGUUUCUGUCGGUGCUGGACGAGGAUGACCCCGACUCCACCACUCUCCAGGACGGGGAUGUGCAGACAGUACCAAAAAAGGCCAGAGGGGACUCUAUGGGUAUGUCGUGGCCGAUCGAUACAUCCAUCACCAUGCCGGCUGAUCUAGGCACUCAGGCAGCGGAAAGUCUUGGAUAUGACGACCCUGGGCCGCUGCAUGUGAGUUUCGUCUUGUACCAGACUGACGCACUCUUCCCUUUGAAGAAUGCCACUGGUUUGUUCUCCGUGAACACAACCGGCGAAUAUUUCACUUCCGGACGAGUAAUAUCCGCUACCGUUGAGGGCGUGCAGCUGGUAAACCUUUCGCAGCCGGUCAUCGUGGAAUUUACUCCUCAUCAGGACUGGAACGAGUCUAUUGGAGUCGCGGAGUGCGUCUUCUGGGAUUUUAGUCUGGACAACGGCACCGGUGAUUGGUCGUCAGAUGGGUGUUCGUAUGUUGAGUUUAACGAGGGUCGUAUCGUCUGUCACUGCAAACAUCUCACAAACUUUGCUGUACUGAUGGCCAUGAAGGAUGAAUCCCUCACCUUAGUCGAGCAGUUCGUUCUGGAUUUCAUCAGUGCGGUUGGAUGCGCUCUGUCGAUAGCGGGUGUCUCUUUGACUUUGUUCACGUUCAUCGUAUUUGGAAAUUUGCGCGCCACCCGUUCCCGCCAAAUCCUGAUGCACCUGUGUACGGCGCUGCUGUGCCUCUACGUGGCGUUCCUGGCCGGGAUAGAUGCCACGGAGAACGGCGCCGCCUGCACGGCCGUGGCCGCCAUCAUCCACUACUUCACCCUGGCCUCCAUGUGCUGGAUGGGUGUGGAAGCCCACAACAUGUACCUGCUCCUUGUCCGGUCUUCAAGGGUCGGGAGUCUCGCUUAAUGAUGAAGGCUUGUGUAUUCGCCUGGGGCACACCGCUGAUUAUUGUAGCCAUCACAUUUGGUGUUACGUUUCCUAUGGGAACCUACCGCAGUGAAAAUUU